CCUUUAAAAUGUUCGACCUUCAUGACAAUGGCAAGGUCACGGUCGAAAAUCUGAUGUUGGUGAUGAAAACCUUAGGAAUGAAUCCUACAAAGGAGGAAGUGGAGGACAUCCUUAAGGACAUGGAUAUUGACGGCGAUGGAAUGAUCAACUUUGACGACUUUUCAAAAAGAAUGAAAGUAGAGAUGGAAUCUACGGAGGAAGAGGCGGAACUACGUAAUGCGUUUAAAUUAUUUGAUAAAGACAAGAGUGGAAAGAUAGAUUUCGAGGAGCUCCGAGUGGCAUUGUCAUCCAUCGGCGAGAGUCUUACGGAUGAGCAGGUACAGAAAAUGCUACAGGAGGCCGAUAGAAAUGGCGACGGAGAAAUCGACUAUGAAGAGUUUAUUACCAUGAUGAAUCAAUGACAGAUGACGUCAUACACACAACAGACACGGCACAUCCGGGGAAGCCUUCCAGUGUGACGUCAUGCCUGAUUAAUAUUAUGUGUAUAAUUAACAAUAGAUGUCAUUAUUUUACAAUAACGAAUAAUAAACAAGUACUUGGCUUCACAUCAUGUUACUAUGACAACCGAUAUCAACUUUCAAUAUGAGUAAACUUCCAAGUACAGUGUAUUUGCUAAG